CCUCGGCGGCUCCUGCGUGCCCCGGCCCUGCUGCCUCCCCCGGGGGCUGCCACCGCCCAGCGCCAUGAAGGUUUGGGGACAUAAGAUCGAAAUGCUAACAGGAUUGCUGUUGCAGGAAGUGACCAUGGCCGGCCUGCAUGAGCAGCGAUUCACGGAAGAGAAGCCGCUGCUUCGUGGACAGGACACAGAAUUGGAGAAUUCGGAUACUUUCCUGUCUGCAGUGGACACUGACUGGAAGGAACACGACAUUGAGACGCCAUAUGGGCUGCUGCAUGUGGUCAUUCGGGGGUCUCCAAAGGGAAAUCGCCCAGCCCUCCUGACGUACCACGAUGUGGGACUCAAUCACAAGCUUUGUUUCAACACGUUCUUCAACUUUGAGGAUAUGCAGGAGAUCACCAAGCACUUUGUGGUGUGCCAUGUGGACGCUCCGGGGCAGCAGGCCGGGGCCUCGCAGUUCCCUCAGGGGUACCAGUACCCUUCCAUGGACCAGUUGGCUGCCAUGCUGCCCAGUGUGGUCCAGCACUUUGGGUUCAAGUACGUGAUUGGAAUUGGAGUGGGAGCAGGUGCCUACGUCCUCGCUAAAUUUGAGCUCAUCUUCCCAGAUCUGGUUGAAGGUCUUGUUUUGAUCAACGUUGACCCAAAUGGCAAAGGAUGGAUCGACUGGGCAGCCACCAAGCUCUCUGGCCUGACCAGCACUUUACCCGACACGGUGCUGUCUCACCUGUUCAGCCAGGAGGAGCUAGUGAGCAACACUGAGCUGGUGCAAAGCUACCGGCAGCAGAUUGGGAGUAUGGUGAACCAGUUCAACUUGCAGCUCUUCUGGAACAUGUACAACAGUCGCAGAGACCUGGACAUCAACCGGCCUGGGAGUGUCCCAAAUGCCAAAACGCUCCGCUGCCCGGUUAUGCUGGUGGUGGGCGACAAUGCCCCUGCUGAGGACGGUGUGGUUGAAUGCAACUCCAAGCUGGAUCCAACCACCACCACUUUCUUGAAGAUGGCUGAUUCUGGUGGGCUCCCCCAAGUCACACAGCCUGGAAAACUGACAGAAGCUUUCAAGUACUUCCUGCAAGGCAUGGGCUACAUUGCAUACCUGAAGGAUCGAAGGCUGAGUGGAGGAUCAGUGCCCUCGGCCAGCAUGACGCGCCUGGCCCGCUCCCGCACAGCCUCGCUCACCAGCGCCAGCUCCGUCGAAGGCAGCCGCCCAAGGGCCUGCACCCACUCGGAAAGCAGCGAGGCCAUGGGGCAGGUCAACCACACCAUGGAGGUGUCCUGCUGAGGACCUCCACCACCCUCCACCGCCCUCCUCCUCCUCCUCCUCGCCAUCUUCUUCACGGGAGACCUUGAGUGUCCAUGCAUCGAGUUGCUCUCCAGCUGGCCCCGUCCUCUGCAGCUUCCUGUGGCUUCGAUUGUUUUGCUGUCUUUCUUUUCCUUUCACGUUGUGGAAUAUAAAGUUGAGGGGAGGCACGGGGGAAGCGGCAGCUGAAUGCAGCGGGCCACCUUCACAUCCAGGCCUAGGAGCUGUUUCAGACCAGCCCUGCCCCCUCGUGGCCCGUCUGUCACUCAGAACCCGACCCAUUUGGGGCUG